GGACGAGCAGAAGAUCUUCUGCUCGUCUCUGAGAGGGAGGCACGAGGCAUGCUAAGGCAGGCCGGAUUUCGUCUGAAGAAUAUUAAGCUUCUCGUCCCUGCCUCUCUGCCGCAUUGCGUUUCAACUCACUCAGGCAGGGAGGCGCGCCACGUCGAUCCGGGAGGGGCGCCGCCCGCCGGCAGAAGCGGUAGCGGGCGCGCCGAAUCUGGGGCCCGGGGGACCUGCAUUGCCGGCGCGGGCGGCCAGAUCUCCGGCGCCAUCGGGCCGCCGCGCCACGGCAUGGUGGCUGCCGCCGCCGCGCCAGAUCCGGCACGCACGUCGCGCCCGCCGCUCACGCCGGCGCUCGACAAGCCCAACUCCGGCGCCGCGCCCCGCCGGCCCGCGCGCUCCGGCAGCAAGCCCGUCUCCUCGCGCUACCUCGCCUCCACCGCCUCGCCGGCCUCCUCCACCUCGUCGACUUCGUCUUCGUCGUCCUCGUCCGCCUCGUCCCGCCGCUCCCUGUCGGCGCAGCGCGGCCGCGCCUCGACUCCACCGCCGCAGCACGCCACGUCGCCCACGCCCGUGGCCGCGGCGGCCACGGCCGCGACCGUGACGGCGACCACGAUGCGGAGCCUCUCGGUGUCCUUCCAGGGGGAGUCCUUCUUCUACCAGACGUCGCGCGCGCCGCGGGCCGCGUCGCCGUCCUCGCCUGCCGGCCGGCGGGGCCCCACGCCGGAGCGGCGGAAGAGCGUGUCCUCUGUGCCGGAGGCCGAGAACGCGCGGCCCCAGCACCGAUGGCCCGCGGCCAAGCCCAAGGCGUCGGACCCGCUCGCUCGAAGCCUCGACUGCAACCUCGACCGCAAGGACUCCAUCCUGGCUGCCGUCCAGCUCCUCCGCCGAUCCAUGGCCUUCGACUCCACCACCUCCUUCCCCCCCUCUGACCAUGCCGCCGCCGCUGGUCCUGACCUCUCUGCCUCCGACACCGACAGCGUCUCCUCCGGUAGCAACUCUGGAGCCGGCGAUCCGCCACGCCGUGGCAUCAGCGUGCCAGCGAGAUUCUGGCAGGAAACUAACAGCCGCCUACGAAGACUUCCGGACGCAGGGCUGCCGCAACAGUCGUCUGGACGGAGAUCGUUCUCAGACAGUCAAAUGUCACCGAGGCUGCCUGGCCGGUCCCCGUCUCCAAGCCGAGGAAGCAAGGGGACGGCGAGCCCAUCAAGAGGGCGAGCUGGGGAGGCAUCACCAAAUGGGCACAUGGUUCAGACGGCAGCAAAUGCGCCAUCUAUCAUUAGCUUUGCUGCGGAGGUGAGGAGGGCAAAGAAGGGGGAGAACAGAAUUGAGGAGGCACACAGAUUGCGAAUGCUGGACAACCAGCAUUUGCAGUGGCGGUGCAUCAAUGCUCGGACAGAUGCAACCCUUCUGGUGCAGAGCUUCACUGCCGAGAAAACCCUACACAGUGCAUGGAAGGAAAUAUCAAAGUUGCGUGACAAUGUCAGUUCGAAAAGGUGCAAACUCCAGCUUCAAAAACAAAAACUGAAGCUGUUUGCUAUUCUUAGGGGAGAGAUGUCCUAUCUAGAGGAGUGGUCUCAUGUCGAGAAACACCAUUCAAGUUCUUUGUCAGCAGCAAUUGAAGCACUAAAGGCCAGUACUCUCCGUCUUCCGGUUGUUGGUGGUGCAAAGGCUGAUGCCCAAGGUGUGAAGGAGGCUGUUAACUCAGCGGUUGAUGUAAUGCAUACAAUGGCAUCUUCGAUGUGUAAUUUGUUGUCAAAGGUGGAGGGGACAAGCUCCGUGGUGUAUGAGCUUGCGAAGCUUGCAACACAAGAGCAAAUGCUGUUGGACCAAUCAAGGGAUCUCUUGUCCACGGUGGCAGCGAUACAUGUCAAACAGUGCAGCUUGAAAACUCACUUGCUGCAGCGAAAGCAAAGGCAGAGCCAAACACAGUGGUAGAUCAGUUAUCCGAGCCACGUUGGUGGUCACUACUAACAUGACACGGCCUCAUCUUUCCUCACUGGAGACUACUACUACAGGUAAUAAAGCUGUAACCAUUUGUUGGGUGUGAAGUGUGUCCCCCCUAAUCCGCUCGACCGAUCCCACUGAGUGUAGCUGAUUCUUGUAAUUUUUUUCGAGUGCAUAUCACCAUAGAAUGGCCUCCCCCCUCUUUGUCUGCGGUUUGUUUGCAGCGGGUGUAUACAGAGAGAGAACCUAGUGUUUGACCAAAGAUAAGCUUUGCUGUAGAUAUGAAAAAGCUUAGAUUGCUUGUUGUCGUCGUCUGCGUGCUGAGUGCUCGAGUGCUGGUUUGUAAUUCUGGGAAUGGAAACAACUGUCUGUUUGAUAUAGGCGUUUUCAUGGCCGAUUAACGUGGAGAUUUGUUUUCCUUAUCA